AUGGUGUUCUAUCAGCUGUCAAGACCGUUAUUGGUUCGCUCCUGCAGUGCUAUUAUUAGUAGUAGUAGUAGCGGCUGUGGCUUCUCACACCGUCUGAUUGCUCCGCUGGUGUUAGUCCAGCAGUUCCGUGGUGUUUGUGGAACCCCCGUUGUGCGGUUUGACAUCAGACAACACGAAAUGGAAAAGCGCCGGCGCCGUGAAUUGGAGAGAGCCGGUAUUGAUGUUGACAACGAUGAUGAUGAGCCGUGGAUAGCACCGGAGGAGCAGCAGCGGUUGGAUGAAGAGGAGGCGAAACGCGCCGCAGAAGAGGCAGAACGUGUGAAGGAAAUGAUGAAACGUCGUGAAGAGGAAGAUAUGGAGAAACGCAAAAAGUUUAAAGAGUUUCGUGCACGUCAACUCGCCAUGAGUCGUAAUCGCAAAGAAGCCAACAUUGCAGCAAAACAUCAAAAGCGAGCGGAUAGCCGUGUUAUUGAAGAGGUGAUAGAUGACACUGAUGGAAGCACGAAUAAAGCAGAAGGAGGAGAAAUUAAAGAGGAGGGGCGUAAACGUUGA